AUGCAGACUUCAGAGACUUGGCCGUCCGAGACCAAUCACCCCUUGCCGGUUACUGGCAGAGCAAAGGCCAGGACAACCUACAACUCCUUUGGUCUGUGUCAAGUAUAUCCUCGACGCCCUUCCUUUGAGCCAAAUAAGUUUGUUUGUUCCUCGUUACUGGCAAAGACAUAUCUGGCAACCACUCAAGGACUUGAUUCAUCACCAGAGGUCUUUGCACCACCAUUCCCUUUUGCUAAUAUGACCCUCUAUCGACUUAUGUCCUGGAUGAAUACUGGUAGUAAUCGGGUAUCAGAAACUAAAGUCAUUACCCUCGUCAAUGACAUGAUGCUAGCAGACGACUUUGACCCUGAUGAGACAGAACCUACACGAGCUGGAUGUGGACAAGAGUGGGAAGAGGAUCAAUUUCCAGAUGAUUGGAUCAAGACUGACAUACCCAUUGACAUUCCUGUCAGGUCAAAGAAGGAGGGACCUAGGUCUCAUACCAUUCCCGGGUUUCAUUAUUGCCCACUUGUUGAAGUUGUGCAUGCGGCGUUUUUGGAUGCUCAGGCAGUGGCAUUCCAUCUCUUUCCUUUCAAACACAUCUGGAAGGAUCCUCUUGACCAUCAUGAAGAGAGAGUAUACGAUGAACUCUAUACAUCUGAUGCCUGGCUGGAGGCUCAGGACAGUCUCCACAAGUUGCCGAGGGAAAUCGGGUGUUCAUUAGAACACGUUAUUGCAGGCUUCAUGCUUGUUUUGGAUGCUACUCACCUGGUAAACUUUGGAACUGCCAAGGCCUGGCUGCUCUAUGUCUACUUUGGAAAUCUGACUAAAUAUGUACGUUCGUCGCCUACAUCAGGAUCAUGUCAUCUUGUAGGAUUUUUACCUUUGCUGCCCUUGUUAGCUUCUGGAUAG